GUUUUUUUUAUUUAUUUCAGAAUGUCUUAUAAAAUAGUCCAGACUUGGGAAUACAACAAACAUAGAUUGUUAGCAGUACCAUCAACAUGGGAAGAUAACAAUAUUCUAAAAUAUCCGAGAAAAAACAUAACUAAGUACUUGAAAAUUGGGACAUCAAUACCAGAACAUGACUGGAAACAAAUAAAAUGUGACGUUAAAAGAAGAGAGCUACCAAGCUACGAGACAGCCGAAUACGUCCUUCAAGAAAUGGUUAAUCAUACUGACACUGAAGAUGAUACCACUAAUUCAGCUACUUCUAAGCAGUCCAAACCUGAAUUAAACAUGAAUAUCAUCGCUGAUGACAUCGUGAAUCUAUACCCAAAUAUCCAGCAAAAUGUAAGAAAUACCAACACUUUUCAAGAAAGUUCUGUGACUUAUCAUCAUGACGUAGUAUUAAACCAGAAAAAUACAAAUUCUACAACAGUAGGACCAGCUGCAGAAAACUUAAACAGUGAAUUAUCCUACGAGUACGUUAUACCCAUGUGUAGUAGUGAAACUAACGUGAAUGUAGAAAACUUAGAAACGCUCAUAACAGGUCAAAAUACACUCUUAACAAACCAAACAAAAAUAUUGGAGCAACUUAACUCUAUCCAGAAUGUACAAACUACUACGAUUCAGAAAAUAGCAUCAUUAUCCGUUCAAUUAGACCAUGCUAUGGUGCAAAUUAAUAACCUUUCCCAAAACUUACAAGUCACGCCAUUGAGCGCAUGCAAAUCUUCUCCAAGUAAUACAGCUUUUAACAUCAAGCCAAUUGAAACUAUUCAACAAUUGGAUGAAUUAGAACUGGAAUUGUCAAACAUUGCCAAUAGGCAACAAAAAAAGCAAUUGUACUCUGUUAUUUUCGCUGGUGGCAAAGGUAUUGAUUGUGCUUACACAUUAGCUGAUGUAUUAUUUUCGAGAAAGUUUCUGUGCCAAUGCUCUUGGAGUGGAGGCAGCCGGGGUAACAAUGAUGCUAAAAUAGCCUGGAAAGCUUAUAAAAACAUUUUGUCUUUUUUCUGGGAGAUGGUGCACACUUGGGAUAACAAAUACACAGUUUCACAUAAUGUUGAAUUUUUCCAAAGUAUUCUAAAAAAUGCCAAAAAGAGGAAUAUGGCUAAAAAAGAAAGAGCGUCUACAUCAAGGAAACGGACAAAACGAUCAAAAAACCAGUCUGUAAACGACGAAAUUGAAUCUGACGAAGAAGAAACAUCUGUAACAACUGCAAAAAACGCUAAAAUAGAGGAAAAACAAAUAGAAAAUAAUGAAAAUAAUGACGAUAUUUCUUUUAAGCAAUAUGUUGACAGAAGAGGCGUAGUUGAAGAAGAGAUAGAAGAAAUAGAGAAUGAUGACUCUAUAAUUGAAGAAAAUGAAUGCAGUGUCGAGGAAAAAGAUCAUGCAAGAAGAAAUGAUUACGAAACUUCAGAAAAUGUCGUCUCUAAUAUCGAUGAAAAUGAAAACACGGAGGAAGAAGACGAAGAUCACGAAAGAGAGGGAGAUACUACAAAUGAUAAAGAAAGUACAAUAGAAUUAGAUGGACCUUUAGAAAAAAAUUACAUCACUCAAAAUAAAAUUGAAGAAGAGCAAGAAAAUAACAAAGAGAAGAUGAAUUAUCACAACUCAAAUAUCACAAAAAAUAAAAUAAAAAACCUCGAUGAGAGAGAAGACAAUGAAAAUAACGCUUUCAAGAAAAAUAAAGUUCAAAAAAGUGCAAUUUUGGAAGAAAAUGCUAACACGUAUAAUAAAACUGAGGAAGAGAAAAUCGAUCACAAACAAGAUGAAACUAUUGAUAACGAAAGCGAAAAAACAACAAAAGAAAAUGAAGACCCGUUAAAGGAAAUUAAUAAAGAAAACAAUUACGAAAAGAAAAAUGCAGAAGUUUCGAACACAAUAAACGUAAAAAUUGCUGAAAAGAAUGAUAAAUUGGAAGAAAAGAAAAAAAAAAGAUUUGAACUCAAUAAUAGGAGAAAUUGA